GUGGUGCUUGUUAGGCUGUCAGUCUGUCAUCUGGCAUUGACAUCCAACUUGUCCAAGCUUGUCUACGUGCAGCAUUCCCAUGUCACACGUCAGCAUUAACAGUUUUAUCAGCUCCAGCUCAGAAAUGACACAAUUUGUCCUGAUAAAGAUCUGCCCCCCCACACACACAAUCACAGCUGCUGGCAGUAGCAUAUCCACACUCCACCUCAUGCUGGGUGGUGUGUGUGUGAGGGGGUGAGUUUGUGGAUGUUUGAACAUGAGCGUACGUGUUGACUGUCGGUAUAUAUACUGAUGGUGUUUAUGCUCUGAAGACAGUUUCUCCUCUCUGUUACUCUGUUACUCUGCCAUCAUGGAUCUAAAGGUGGUGUUGGUGCUUGCCUUCCUGAGUGCUAUAGCCAUCACAUCCACUAAUGCUAGCAUCCCAAGCUGCUGCAUCAGUACUAAAAUGAUUACAAAAGAAUUGUUGUUGAAAGUAGAUCGAUGGGAGCGGCAGUACAGCGAUGGAAUCUGUGACAUCGAUGCUUUGGUAGUGCAUAUUAAGCGCAGGCGGAGGCCCGUCUGUGUUGACAUCCAGGUGCAAGCAAUUCUGAGAAGGAUUAAAAGACUGCAACAACGACAAGCCAAGAGGAAUCUAAAAUGUGCAAAACAGCUUGAUCAUUCAUCCAUUGUGCUUCACACAAUUUGUUUUCUUAUUGUGUUUGGAUUGUAUAACCCUCUCGGUUUUUGUAUCGAUUAGAUAUUAGAUAUCGAUUGAUAUUUUCUAAAGCAGUUUACUUGGUUUAGUACAGAGGAACAUUUUUAAAAGCGCUGUUCAGAAUAAAGAUGUGAAGUUACAUAUCACAGGUUUAGAUCACAUGCAAAAUAUAUGAACCUUUUAAAACAUUGUGCAGACAAACUCAAUGGUAAACUAUUAUUUCUUACUAUUGUUUGAAAAGUAUUUCCUUUUUAAGGCAAUUAUAUUCUUUACUGUUAUAGCAUAUAUUUGUAGCGUUUUCUUUUUGUGUUAAAGCCCCACAUAUAUUGACGUGCCUGGUAAAAAAGUAAUAACUCAGUUGUUUUUUUUUUGCCGCAACAUCUUCUGAGACUGAAAAUUUUACAAAAAUGCAACUUUUAAUCUGAAUACCUUCAUUUAUUAAGAAUGAAACGGGAAAAAUCAUAUCCCUCACCACAAGUUAUACUGACAAAAUAAUGCAAUUUAAUCUUUUUUUUAUUAUAAUUUACUUUUUUUGGUUGAUUGAUUAGAGUGUAAUAAUUCCUCACUUCCUGUUUCCUAUUGGCCAUUCUUUUGGCCAUGCACUCAUCAAAAUGGAAAGACAAGAGAACAUGCCAUUAAAAUAAAUCAUGUUGAUCUCCAUAAGUCAGGAAAUAAACUUCAGAUCAGCCAUUUUGUCAAAAAAGCUAAAAGUAAUGAAAAAUGUGGCAAGCAAGGCUGGAUAAGAACCAAGUGAAGAGGAUGAUAACUGAGGUUAAAAAACAAAAAGUAAAACAUAAACAUAAAAAUCACACUGAAGUUAUAUAUAUAAAGAUUCUUUUACACAUUUUUUGUAAGAUUGGUAUUAAUCGUGGUGUGUGGGUUAUAUUUUAAUUAUUUUUCAACUAAUGCUGUUGGUUUUUUACAGACUUGUUUUUAUUUCCCCUAAACAAUAUAAAAUAAUAAUAAUAAAAAGAUUUAAAACAGUAAGAGCAUUGUAUAAAUCAUGUGUUUGAUUUUGUUCUGCUGAAUAUCAUUUGAACUGUAUCUUUCAAGGCAGCAUAUUUUUGUAUUAUGACCGUCGGCAUUUAUGUGGUCAGUAAAGAAAAAACUUUUUAAAGUGUGA